AGCUCAGCAGCUGGAGAGAAACAUUGGCUAAGGAUGGUCAAAGCUGGGAAGGGAAAAAAGCAAGGAGGGAAAAGGAUGAAGUGAAAAGAGGUAGGAACCACACUGGAGAGCAUACAAAGAGCCUGCUAACCUCUGAUGCAUGAGGGAUGAAGAAAACAGACUGUGAUUGACUAUGUGGACCAUCUGGGUGAUCUUCUGGAUUUCAGCUGUCCCGAUCCGAGCUAUUCCACCUGUCUGUGACCUUCUUAGCGUCCUGAGAAGGGAGGAAGAAAAGUGUGUGGAGACUCUUUUCCUGGAGGAAAGGAACCGAACAACUGAAAAUGAUCUGCUCCUGAGCUCAGGCAGAUGUCCUGGAAUGUGGGAUAACAUGAGCUGCUGGCCUUCAGCCACUGUGGGACAGACUGUCAAUGCUCACUGCCCUGAGUUCUUCCAGAUGCUGACUGGGAAAAAAGGUUUUGUGUACCGAAACUGUACAAGUGAGGGCUGGUCAGAGCCGUACCCGAGACCUGACAUUGCUUGUGGCUACAACGUCAACGACACAACCAACGAGGCCAGACGUUCCUAUUUCAUGACCCUGAAGACCAUGUACACUGUCGGAUACUGCACCUCCCUUGUGACACUGAUGCUAGCCUUAGUGGUCCUGGCCUCCUUUAGAAGGCUUCGUUGCACAAGGAACUACAUCCACAUGCAUCUCUUCACAUCGUUCAUUUUGCGAGCCUCAUCCAACUUCAUCAAGGAUGCUGUCUUGUUUUCCUCCGAAGACAUAAAUUACUGUGGGGCAUACACGGCUGGCUGUAAGCUCACCAUGGUCUUCUUUCAGUACUGCAUCAUGUCUAACUACAGCUGGCUCCUCGUGGAAGGACUGUACCUCCACACUCUCCUGGUGAUUUCUUUCUUCUCGGAAAGGAAGUUCCUCUUGUGGUUCAUUGCCCUCGGAUGGGGUGCCCCAGCAGUGUUUGUGGCUGCAUGGGCGACUGCCAGGCAACUCCAUGAAAAUAUUGGGUGUUGGGACAUUAACACUGAUGCCAAUACCUGGUGGAUCAUUAGAGGCCCCAUAGUUCUGUCUAUUUUUAUUAAUUUCAUUCUCUUUGUCAACAUUUUAAGAAUCCUGAUGAGGAAGCUCAGCUCUCCUGAAAAACGGAACAGUGAUUUCAACCAAUACAAGUAUGUCCCUUACAUCCCUUAUAAGACAUUCAAGGCCACCUUGGAGCAUUUCUUGCUCCUUCUACACCAGCUUUUCCCUCUGUUUUCAUUCUCAGGAGACUUGCAAAGUCAACACUCCUCCUCAUCCCUCUCUUUGGGGUCCACUAUAUCAUCUUUGCUUUUUUCCCUGAGGAUGCAAGCAGCGGCACAAUGGAAAUUCAGCUGUUUUUUGAAUUGGCUCUUGGAUCAUUCCAGGGCUUUGUUGUGGCUGUACUUUAUUGUUUUCUUAAUGGUGAGGUUCAGCUGGAAGUUCAGAGAAAAUGGAGGCAGUGGCAUUUGAGCAAGCACUGGCGUCAGCACCUCAGCACCUCAGCGAGUAACGGAGGAAGCGCCUUGACUCAAGAGAUGCAGAUGGUGAGGUCCAGCCCAGCAGAGCACAGGAGAGGAACCCUCCAAGGGUCAAGUGUGCUUUAACCUGUGCACCUGAGGGCACCUCCUCCAUGCUCAGAUACACAUGGCUGAGUCCCAUGGACUGAGCUGGGAGUCCUGUGUCCACAUCCAAAGUGGGACUUGGCUGUAGAUCAGCAGCCCUUGGAGCACAUCUGUUCAUGUAUAUCCUGUGCAGCACCACGGUUAUUUUGCAAAGCAGAAUGGGCCAAAAUAUUAUGCUCUUCCUUGAGCCACAGUAAUUUGUGUUUCUUUCCACACCUGCUGCUAGUUCUACCUUAAAUGUGACCUUUCAUUUUCCACGUGGCUCUCCAACAAGUUCCAGGCUAAGUCAGGCUGGUGGUUUUUUGAUGUUCUCUAUUACUCCUGCUGCAGAAGCUGGGAGGACAUUGAAUUUUAUAUGAAGAAUGUUACAUGCCAUCCUCCAUGGGUUUGAAAUGCAAAAUUAAUUAAUUUAUCAAGGUUCAAAUCCUUUCUGUUGUGGUGGUGGAUACUGAGAACAUAAGGCACAGCUGAGCUCCAGUUUCCUCUCUGACUGCAUAUCUAUUGCUCCAGGGACAGUAGCAUGUUCAGACAGGUUUUUGCCUUUGCCUCUUAACAGUGGAGACCUUGGAAAAAACAGUGGUCCAAUUUGGGUAUUUGAAUCAUCUUGAAAUGGUAAAAAAGUUAUUACAACAUAUUCCAAGGGUGACCAAAAAAAAACUUCAGUAAGAUAGCUCAUCCCUAUUGUGUCUGUACCUCUGAGACUUGACCAGCUUGUAUUUGAAGGGAAGAAAUGAAAGCUCUUAAGACAGCUAAAGCUCCAUUGAAGCUUUCUGGUGAAAAACAAUAGCAUAGUGGCUACCAAAAAUCUCUUUAGGGUCAACAGUCCCUCAGUGUACUGAAAUCUGCAUGGCUGUGCACUGUAAUAUGCUGUCUAAAAGUAUCUGAGCUAUCACAGCUUUGUGCUCUUAAGGACAUAAUUAAGCAAAAUUUCCUGCUUUGAAUGAGAAAGGGAUAAAAUAAUUCAUCUGACAAAAGAAAUCAAAUCUCCUACUUGAAUUUGUAUCCAGAUUUCCCUAGUUGGGAAAUUUUUGGCUGGGUUUCCUCAAGGGCAAAGAUGACUGAACCGAAAGCAAAUGGUGUUUAUCACUUCUCCCUCCUUCCAAUCACCUACAAGACAUUGGCAAAACAUGCAUGGCAUGUCAAAUACUGCCUGAGCAGCAUUCCCCAACCCCCUCUGCCAAAACUGCUCCAACAACCUUUUAAAUCACACCAAAUGCCUACUUGGUAGGCCUCUGCCAUUUUAUCAGAAGACAAACAUGCAGAGAAGUUCAAAGGAUACAUUCAAGCUUAAAUUACCAGUACCAAAGCAAGUUUUGGAGUGCUGUUAGCUCUGAUUGAGACUCUGAGAUUCAGGAAAAAGUGUCUUUUUUUCACUGUCAGUGCUGACAGUUGUCCCCCACCCUCCCUGGUGCAGCAGGUGAAGCACAAGGAGGGCAGCCAGGAGAGGAAGGGCACUCAGCAGCAGGGAGAGCUCCUGGUGGCUCCAGCCUGCCUGGCUUUCUUGGCUCAUGCAGGUCACCCAACAGUAGAAGAGUCAAACCACUUUAUGACCAGGAAAAAAUUAACGAGAUGUAAAUCUGUAAACCAACAAGUGUUUCAAGGAAUUACUUUAAACUCCUAUUUUUGGAAAUGGCAAGUUUUCGAGUUGGCUUUGUCCUUUAAAAACCAGCCAAACAAAUGGAAGGAGGAACAGAAGCAGGAUCAGUCCCAUGACCAAAGGAGAAGUGAAAGCCCCUCCAUGAAGGUUGGAAUGAAAGAUUUCACUUUUUGCUGACUCACCCAGGCCAAGCAGAGCCUCUGAACUUCUCGGGGUUCACUCUGUCCCAGUGCAUUUAGCAAGUCAGAUACUUCCAAAAAAAUGUAACCUUAAUUUUCUCUCUGACCUACGAAUGAGACUGAGAAGGGUGAAACAACUUGUACGUGUCCUCUCUGAGAAUUAAACAUUCAUCCUUCUACCCAAAGCAGCUGUUUGUUCUAGAUGUGUAUGCCUCCUUCCAGCAGGAAUGAAGAAAUACAGAUUCAGAGAUACAAUAACAUGCAAUUAAUUAGAUCUGAUGCAAUUAUUGGCUCUCACACGAGCCAGUGUAAGAGCUCAGCCCCGCAGUGCACUGUGCUCCAGACCAGUGCUCCACAAGACUGGGAAGAGCCCAGGCUGAGCAUGAUACCUAUUGAUGCAGGGGCAUACCAUAUGCUCCAGAAAAAUAUGCUGCUCGUUUUUAUAUUUUAAAACCCCCAGCAUAAAUUGUUGUUUUACAUGGCCGUUUUAGUUUUGUCUUGCCUCAAACAACCAAGAAAAAGGAAGUAUUCCCAGAUUCCCUAUAACAUAUUUGCUUCAGGCAUCAAGCACAAGCCUUGUUUGUAUGAAGAGCUGAGGCUCCAUAAAAACUCCUGGAUGUCAGCUGGAAUUUGGAGUCCUCAGCUCUUGGGGAAGAGCACAUCCACUCGGGAAGGCACCAGGAGCAGGCAGCCCCUGGAGUUAUGAUGCUGUGACCUUGCCCUGCAUUCUGCUGGGUGUAGGAAGCUGCUGCCAAACACCACCAGGGAAAUGGGUUCUUACCUCCCCCAUCUCCUGGGCAGGCACUGCAAAGGCUCCCUGCACUGCUGCAGAAUCUUGCUGUUAGCUGUGCUGGAGGAUACUAGAGAAAAGAGCUACUUACUCUGGGGUUAUUGACAUGUUUAUAAGCAGAUGAAGAGGAACAGGAAAGCAAAUCUCAGCGAGAAAUGCAAAAGCAGGAGAUGAAGACAGAGGGUGAGCACAAACUCCAUAUUCAUAGAGCCCACCCACUUCCCUUUCAGUGCACUUGCUCCUAGGUAUUCAAUGUAAAGCAGGCGGCUUUACCAGUAAAUAGGACCUGAGUACCACCUUUCACACAAGUAGUUAUCAUUAUUCAGGGACACUGGAGACAGCCUCUGGCUAUUCAGCCCAGCUGCCCUGAGUAGCCAGUUGUGCAAGCCAGCAACUCCAGCAGCCUGAGCAUCAGCAGCCUAAGAGCUAAUGAAUUUAAGAGGAAAUCGUUAAUGGAUUUUCUCUCCAACACAGCAACAAGGAAGUUUCUAGCAAAACUGCCAGAAGCAAAAACCAAUAGUUGUGCCGUGAAUAAUUACAUUGUGUAACGCCUGGGUGCAGGGGAGCUGAGAUGGGCUGUUUCAGAAGGGCUGGUACCUAUUCAGUGGGGUUGGGUCCAGCGAAGGUAAGAGGCCGCAGGAAUUUAGGCAACACCCCUUCCAGGACACUGCCUGGGGCACACCUUGUUUUCACCCAGAAACGAGGCCUUUCUUGCAUGUGCCAGCUGACUUAGAAGGUUGAGAACGGCCAUUAUCAGCUUACCAUAGGCCCUAGCAGAGGGAAAGAGAAAGCAGGGGAGGACAGACAUGUAAUACAUCUUUGUAAUCACCUUCCUGUGGCUUGCAAAAGCAAGGCUCAACCCCAUUCCUGGUGUCCCUACAAGCACAGCUGAUGAAUAUAUUGGAGAUUUAAAAUCAAAGUCACAUGCUCUAGAGGAUCCUGCUGGAACAGGGAGGCUGGACUAGAUGACCUCCAGUGCACCCUUCCAACCUUAACCAUUCUGUGAUGCUGGAAAAAUACAGUCCAGGCAGGAUACUUCCCUAGCUAGCAUGCCCUGUGUCAACAUUUCCUUAUUCUUAUCCACAGGCAAUGGCUUGUGUACAAGUGUCCAAUUAAAGUUAGUUACUAAGUCUAAACGGCUCAUUAACAAGAAGUGAUGUUCAUUGCCCUGCUUUUAAGAGAUGUUAAACUGAGACAGACCAACGACCUCUCCUGUUGGAAAGAGAACUCCAGGUGCUAAUUAACUUGGGAUUGCAUAAACUAAUUCAGUGGUGUAGCUGGGAAGCAAUUUUCCUGACGUUUAACUAAACCUGCUAAUACAGUGAGCUCUGACAAAAACACAAGUACAUUUGUACUCAGAUACCUCUUCUUGCAGGCCAAACAAUCAGAGCUGAGGAAAAGAGCAAGGAUGCUUCAGACACGGGGUGCAGUGUGGGAACAGGAAGGUGAAGGACACAGGAAAGAGCUCUUUAGCUGGUAAACAGAGCACAUGCAACAGCAGGAAAUCAUUAAAGAGCCUACAAGGUUAUCUCGAAUUCCCACGAAGCAACACAGCUGACUGGCCCUCUUGUUUUGCAAGAAAGCAGUGCUGGCUUCUUGGGCUGCAGACACAGGGGAGGGAAAAGGAGAAGGGAGCCUGUAGUGGCCUCAGUUCCCUUGGUCAGAGCUUGGCAGAGCACCAAGGAGUCAUUUCUUCAUCAGUUUAGCUGGGUA